AUGAAUAUUGAAGCUAGAGAACGACUUGAAGGACUUGUGAAACAAAUCACUGAAACUGGCGAAUGGAUUCUGGAUAAAGAUAUUCUCAAGACUAUCAAACAUUAUUGUAAACAAAAUAAUUCUAAUGUGGAAGCUACUUAUACCUUUAUGAUGGCUCAACUUCAUAAAGAGCAAGCUCAAAUCCGAUAUUCCUGUUUACAAUUAUGUGAAGAACUUUUUAAACGGUCUUAUUACUUUCGAACCUUAGUGACUGAUGAACUUCCUACGAUGGUUCAACUGAUUGUUGGAAUCCGGGGUCAUUCCUUACCACCUCCUGCCUCUAUUGCGAUCAAACUACGACAAUAUGCUAUUGCUCUCAUCAAGAACUGGUAUCAACACUUUGGAGAACAAUUUCGUGCACUCAGCAUUGCUUACGAUUAUCUAUCACAUAAUGGAUUCCUAGAACGUGAUCCACAAUCACUACAAUCUAUUCAUGCACGAGAUCUGGAAAAGUCAAGUAAGGAGGCUCGUAUGAAGGCAAUUGAAGAACGACGUUAUGAUCAAAUCAAAACAGAUAUCAAUGACCAUUUGGACCUUAUUCAAGAAUCUAUCAAAAAUAUGGAAUCCUGUUUUGAAAUAUUAAUACCUAAAAACGAUAGUUUGGAUGAUUCUUUGGACUUUGAUGCUCUGAUUCGUGGGGAUAUGGAAAUCUCUUCAUCUGGAGAAACGGAUUACAAAAAGGGAAUAUCUCAUGGACUUGCUACUAAUCGAUAUACCAUCACUAUUGAUAUGUCAAAAGAUAAUCCUCUCUUAGAUCAAGUGCAUGAAUCUGAAGAUAAUCGAGUCGUUUAUGAACAAUUACGUGAAGCAUACAAAGUGUUAGAAACGAAGCAAAGCAAACAAGUCAACAAUUGGAUCAAUUCUUUAGUCAGAAUGGAAUAUGUGGAUAAAACUGAAAAAGAAAAUUAUGUCAAACAACUCAUCCAAGCAAAGAAUGAUAUAGCAGAAGUGAUACACAAGGUCAAGCUUUUGGGCAUUGAAUUACCACCAGAUCGACGGCGUUCAUCAACAAAUGGAAAUCAGGUCAACGAACAAGACGAAGAUGAUGAUGAAUUCUUGGAUGAACUCUUUGAAGAAGUGGAAAUUCCAGAUUUACCCUCCUCUCCACCGCCUUCAUCCUCUGAACAUACUAUCCCUAGUGCAAAAUUACCUCCCUCUCAACGUAUCUUUCCCUUGUCAUAUGAACCAAUCAUGACUGAAGAUGUUACCUAUAGUGGUGGUCAAGUAUUACAACAACAACAACAACAAGAUUCUUCUGCCUUGGAUAAUACCGAUAAUCAUACUGAUUCAAGCAGCGUAGAUAUCAAAGGGAAAGGAAAACAGAAGCACUUGUAUGAUAAAAAUGAACUAUUAAAACGAGCACCGUUUGUGGAGUGGGGUGAUGAUCUUUAUUAUUGGGACAAGAAAAGUGUGCAAUUCAAUACAAGUGGCAUCGAAUUCUCUCAUCGAUUUAUGGGUGUUGGUGAAGGUACAAAUGAAAUGCCUGAACAUUUGUUGGAAGAUCUACGCAAAAGAUCUGUAUAUUACAAGACGGAGGUACCCAAGAAAAUCAAGGCAUGUCGAUAUCCUUUACAUAAUGGAGGAUUAUGUCCAAGACGAGAUCUGGUAACGUGUCCUUUCCAUGGAAAAAUCAUUCCUCGUGACGAACUUGGGCGACCUGUCCAACCAGUAUCAAAAGAAGAACAAAGUCAACCGUCAUCAUCAACGAUAGUCAACAACAAGGAAGAUAAAUUAUUAUGGCAGGAAAUCGAAGAUGAAGUGAUGCAACAAGUAGGACAACCCCGAAUCGAGCCAGGGAAGAGAUCCAAACGAGCGAAGAAAGACGAACACAAGAAGAAAAGAGCAUUGAUCGAUGUCCGAAAGAAGCCUGAUACUCCUUACACUCGUUUGGCCAAAAGAAUGGAUAGUCGGGAAACAAGAAGAAUGGUCGAUGAAGCUCUGGAAUAUGAACGUAGUAUGAAAUCUAGAGAUCGCAAGGCUAGUACCUGGAGAUAA